AUGGAAUCUGAUGAGAAGCAUAAUGAGGGCAGUGCACAAGAAGACUUACUGGAGGGUCUGGCGUCGCUACCAUACUAUGAGAGGCUCACUCGUUUCAUUCAAGGGUCUUCAAGGCACUGGGUCUCAGGAGGAACAACUGUUGUAGACUUUCGGCCAUUGUAUGCAGUUUCAAUUCAUCACCAUCACCAACGGCUUGCCGAAGCGAUCCAGCAAGCCAAUGCUGAGACUAUCACGGAUGAGUGGCUGGCCAGGGUUGGCGGCAUCAUCCACGAAUACACCGAUACUCUCCGGGAUUUUGAAUUCAUACACGCCAAUCGCUGGAACACCCAGUUUGUGAAAGAUAUUGCGGCAUCCCGCCUGGACAACGGCCAGCGUGCCCGACUCCAAGGAGCCAUCAUCAAAGAACAUGAACUUGAAGUCUGCGACUCUCACCGCAGCUUGUUCCAAGACUCCGACCUUCUUGGCUCCUUUGAUCAUGAAUUGAUGCAACACAGCACCGCCAUUGGGAAAAGCUUGGGAACUGGCCGGGCACAGACAGUCGCGGCGGAAGAGCGUCGCAAACAUGUUCACAUCGCCAUGAAGCGAUUUGGGUUCGCCAUCAUUGGCGGGCUCAUCAUCGUUUUACCGAUGCUCAUAUUGAUGGUGGGAGUUGCGAAACCCAAAACCCUUUCCGUUAUCUCAGUUUCCAUCUUUCUGUUUGCAGUGUCCGUUGCGAUUUUCUCCAAGACUGAACCUGAGAGCUUGUUAGCGGCUACGGCAGCGUAUGCGGCAGUGUUAGUUGCUCUGCUUGGGAUUGGCAACACGGGAAACCAGUAG